AUGGCUUACUGUGUGCCGCAGAUGCAGUAUUCGGUGAAUGUCGACCCUUCGAUGAUGCAGUCGCAGAUCUACCAAGAGCCACAGAUGUCCAACCCCCUGUGGUCCACCGCGUCAAAUGAUCACCCACAGACUCAUCAGACUCAUCAAGGGAACAACGGACCCAUGCUCCUUUUGAUGCUGCCGCUGCCAUCACUUGGACAGAUGUCUCCGUCUCCAUGCUCACCGAUGUCACCGUCACCAUUGUCCCCCACGCCUUUCUCGCCAUCCCAUUUUUCGCCAUCACCACUCUCUCCUGUGUCAGCAGAUUUCUAUCCCGGCAGCCCUGUGCGCAACUACUUGCGCACCAACAGUGGUGGUGAUGCUUCUGAAGCAGGAGACAUAGCCAGUCCAGCAACCAACAGUCGCAGCUCCAAAGGGCCAAUCUCAAAGCUCCAAGAGUUUGUUCAAAGCAGCAAGGCACAUCCGCUUCCAAGCAGCUGUGCGGUAUUGCAGUGGAGCCAUGAAAAUCGCAUGGCAGGAUCAAGCCUUCAGUUUCGAGCCACAACAUCCUUCUUACUUGAUGGAGUACCACACCAUGUUCUGGGUGGAUGGUGGCCGUCAAAGAAGCAAUCUCAGCGUGAUGCAGCCGAACGAGCUCUGGCAUUCUUCAUCGGCAUGUGUGGACAGGAGCUGGCAAAGGGGAAGGAUGGCAACAACGGAUGCAAAGUCCGUAGUCAAAAUGGCAAGCAUGAAGAGGCCCCCGAAGAAGCGGACUUGGAAGCCUUUGUGGGGCAGCAGCUGCAGUGGAGCUGCCGUUGGGAGGCCCAAACAGAUCAAGCCUAUGACGGAGCAUUGUGCAAGGCCACCGUUGAGUUCACAUACCUUGGCAUUCCACACGUCUUUGCGGGCAAGGCAUGCACGAGCAAAGCAGCAGCCAGAGCGGACACGGCACGACGCGUCUUGUGGUACUUGCACGCCUCCGGCUAUGAGAACGCUUUUGAAGUUGAACAGGAGCAGGUCAAGGCCUUGGCUCAGGCCAUUCCCGAGCCGGUGCCUGGCACUUGGCCACCUUUGGAGGCCUUGGGAAGUCCAGUGAGCACCACGGCUUCAGCGGGUGACCAGGAGCUGGACUUGAGCCCUUCCAGCCCUACAAGUCCAGGACCGAAGUCUCAAGCUGAAGCUGAGCUGCUCGAGCGCAAGACCACGGUGAUGCGUUUGCAGAACAGGCUCCAGAAGAUCUUUGCCAAACAGCUCACACCGGGCAAGAGCGUGUGGUGCUGGCGCUAUGAGAAGAACGAGGUUGACCACACCUUCCAAGCUUCCGUUCACAUCUCCCUUUUGGAUCGAUCUUUCACCGGUGGAUGGGCAGCAACCCACCAAGCAGCACAGAUGGAAGCGUGCAACCAGUUGGCAGCGUUCCUGGACAGAGACUUUAAGGCCUGA